ACUUUGAUUUUGCUCAUCUGUUUUUUUUUUUUUUUUUUUUUUUUUUGUUUAAUUCAAUAACCAUAAAAUUAAUUGUGUGAUUAUAAAAAACGCAUAAUUUCUUUUGCAGCACGUUUUCACAACUUAAAUAGAUUUCUUCUGAAUUUUUUAUACUUAUUAGGAUAAAAAUAAUUUUUUAAUUUAUAUUACAUAUCGAAAUAAAGGCUAAAGAUAACAAAAAAAGUGUAAAAAUUUACUUAAAAAAAACUAAUUUAUUAAUAUACUUUGUAAUUUUUAAAAUCCUGGUUUUUACUAGCGUUUUAAGUAAAAAAUUUCACGACGAUUAAUAAUCUAUCAUAGGGAUUGACUACACUAAGUUCAAAACUGUGAAGAAAUUUAUUUAUACACUAAGGAUGACCGAAAACAAUGUGCCGAAACAUUUAUUUAAUAAAUUAUUAAAAAAGCAACCUACAACUUUAAUUCCAUAAGUAGUUCUAAAUUGCAUUGUUUGUUAUUAAAUAUAUAUCUUGACUACGUGGGUUACUGGUCCAAUUUUCACCUGUCGCUGUAGAAAAUACGACCAAUAAAAUACGUUUACUUGGCCAGACAAUAAGUCAUCACUAUUAACAACUUUUUUUUAAAGGAAUGGAACCAUUUCUAUUUUACCGGAUAAUUCAUAAUUGAAAGUUAUCUGAAUCAAAGUAUGAUCCAAAAUAGUCUGUGGUGGGUUAAUUAUUAAAUGCAAGUCUAGAUUAAAAACCUAUUUACUUUUCCAUUGUGCUAUAUUUGCUUAGAAUGAUAAAUUCUUUAACUUACCUAAUGUAUUUGUAUUAUUGCUGAAAUAUUACUUGUAAUAUUGUAUAACUUGUAUAACAUUGUAAUGUACUUGUAUAAAAGUAAUUUUAAAGGUAUUGUAGAAGCUGUUUUCCAACAAAUACGAGAGAAUUUUAUUUGCAUUCCUAACGUUAAUUAUUCUUUUUUAUAAUUGAUAUUCGCGCAAUAACUGAAAUUUUUAUAAUUAAUGAUUGCCUUCUCUUGUUCUUUUUUCUUUUUUCCCUUUUCGACUUCAAUUCUGUCUCGAUUUUUUUUUAAUUAAUAAAAAAUGAGAAGCUUUUUCGUAUAAAAAAAUGCAUGCAAAAGAGUAAUCGCAAGAACAGAUGAAAUUUUAUUCAUUUUAAGACCUACUAUUUUGAAUCUAAUUUAACGGCUAAAUGAUAGUUUAUAAUGAGACAUUGAUCACAGAAAAAUUUUAAGUUGGGCUUUUUUAUUUCGAAGAUAUGAGAUAAAGUAGCUAUUAUUCGUCAAUAUAUUAAGAUCCAUAGCUAGAUCAAUAAAGCUUAGUUAAGCAAUUAGAAAAAGGAUGGAAGCACGAAAAAACAUUUCUCACAUGAAAAGUGCUUUGCAAAAAUUUAUUUUAUAACUAUUUGUUAUAAACAUUGACAAUUAACUGAAAGAAAACUAAUUACGCCAAUCGAUUCUACAGAAAAAAUUAUUAAACACAUAACAUAUGUGUAUGAUUUUCUUAAACCAUAUUCCGUUUAUGCAUUAAAAAUCGAUCUGUAAAGUUAAGUCAUCUAGAUACAAAAUUUAUUUUUUCAAAGUAUUUUGAAAAAAUUUUAGAAGUGUUUUUUAUGCUGUUGUCUAUUUAAUUGUUAUUGUUUAGCUUAUUAUCUGGAUAGAAAAGUGUGCAGAAAAAUUUUAACAUUAAUUUAAAAAUGUAAUGUAUAAAAUAUUAUGUUAUAAUUGUAUGUUAUGUUAUGUUAUGUUAUAUUGUUAUGUUAUAAUUGUAAAUCUAAUUUAAAAAAUUAUUUAUUCUAAAUUUAAUUUAUGUAACAUGAGCAAUAUUUAAAAAAUUGAUGUUAGAAAUAUUUGCAUAAAUGUUGUAUAAUGGAGAAUUAUCUUAACACAAUUAUUGCUAAAUAUAUAUCAGAAAAAUUUUUAAUUAUUAUUGUACAAAUUAUUGCAAAAUGAAAGAAAAACAUUAUAAAACAACAGAAAAACAUUAUUAAUAGUAUGAAAUUGUACAAUUGUAUAAUUAUUAUUUACGCAUUUUUAAGUGAAAAUUUCAUUAAGAAAUUCGAAAUAGCAGGCAUAAAACAUACAUACUAUUUUAAUAUUAUUUUUAAAGAUUUGAUGCAAAUAAAUAGAUUUACAAAUUAUAAUUACAAAAUUACUUUCUAGCAAAAGAUAUAUUUCCUGUUUUUGCAAAAUGUAACUAUUAUUGCGAAAAUUCCUAUUUGGAUAAGUUUAGUCAUUUUAAUCUUAAUGGGUUAAUGAAGAAUGGUUAUGCUUCAACCCAUUACAUCUUUAAAGUGAAAAGUAAGUUAAUCUUGAAAUUUUUCUGUUGAAAUUUUUCUGAUCUCAAUGUUUCAUGAUAAAUUAUUAUUUAAUUUAUAAUUUAAGUCCGAAAUUACGAAUUCCAAAAUGGGCCAUCACUCUGUUCAAAGAGUUUAUUAGACUAAGUCCACUUUACACAAUUUUCGAUAGAGUUUGAUACAGGUUUUUUUGUACUUUUAGAUAUUAUAUAAAAAAUAUGAAAAAUAUUUAUUUUGCUUUUUAUACACGGUAUAUAUUAAAAUAUUGUUUGUUAUAUGUAAAAGCCAUUAAUCUUUUAGACUUUCAAUACUUAUUUUGAAUACUUCAUGCAUAUAUUAACUCUCCCCUCUCUUCUCUUUCUCUCUCUGUUACUUAUAUUAUUCCGUUUAUAGUAAAAAUAUGGGAAUAUAAUAACUAUUGCUUGAGAUAAAAGAAUACGCUAUAGCUAUUCUAUGUUCUAUGUCACUUCAAAAAGUGAUUGUGUGCAAUAUAUGUAACUAGCGAUUUGAAAAACGAUUACGUAUAUUAAUAUUCUUUUUUUACUGUUCUUAUUAGAAAAGUGAUAAUCCAAAGGGAUAUUAGAAAAAUAUAAAUAAUAAUAGCUCUUAUUUUAUGACCAAUUAUUUAGUUGUAUUUAUUUUGACAUGGAGCCGUAUAUUAUCAUUGUGACAUGCAGUGUCAACGUGGCAACGUUAUACUAAGAGUGCAAAUUCCUGUGGGGUAAAAAAAUAUGCAUUAACAACUACGAGUUUGACGAGAAUUAGAAAUUAACAAAAUGUGUGUACAAACAUGCAUCAUAGGGGAAGCAAUAACGCAAGGAAGAAACAUAUGAGGAAGAAAUGAAGAAAAAAAUAAAUGUAUUUGAUUAAAUAAAGAAGAAAAAGUGUUGGCAAGACAAAGUUGGGCAGCAGAUACACGAAACUGGCGACCCAAGCACGUGACAGCGGCUCUCAUGGGUCUCGGACCCGCCGCCGAGCCACCGGUGGGUCGUUCUCUAGCCGGGGUAGUACUACGGAGAUGCAAUGCGGUCUUUGCGCCGUCGUCGCUGGUUUGUUUCGUCGGGCUAUGUGUAUUGCAGGUAGUCGACGUGGCUCUGGAGAUUCCUGUUAUCAGGAAUUGGCCGCAGAUAUGCAGGAACGGCGCAACUCGCAGGAAGAAAUUGAACUUGACAAAGCAAGCGAAAUCGUGAAGAGAGUGAAAAAUGUUCAAGUGGAUGAGAGACGAACUGGCGAAAUAACGGUGAACAGCGAGGAACACAAUGCAGUAUUUGUGCGUAUCUCUGACAGCAGCUUACAACGUAAUUCUGGUACAUCAGUCACAUUACCAGAAGUCCAUGAUGGAUCAUCUGUCACGGAAACAACAUUCAGACGUUUCUCGGAUGUAGAACAAAUUCUGUUGGAAAAUCUGGACACCAAUCGAUGUAGACUUAGACAUACUGGUCGAUUUCUGACAAUGCAUAAGAGACGACGUAAAAAGCUUACUACGAGAUCCUUAAAUCAAGAACCAGGUAUCUUGGAUGACAUUUUCCACGGACUAGUACAGUGUAUGUUGCAAAGAGCUGGAAACUGGCGCUUUAAUGCUUUCACGUUGGAAACAAUCACAGGUGGACGUUCGUUGCCAGUAUUAUGUGUCCAUCUUUUUCACUGGUAUGGACUUUUUCAACAAUUUACUUUGGAUGUUGUAACAGUAUGGAAACUAUUUGCUUUUAUCGAGGAGGGUUAUCACAGUACAAAUCCUUACCACAACAGUAUACAUGCCACGGAUGUUACUCAGGCAAUGCAUUGUUUUCUUCAAGAAAAAAAGAUUAAAGUACAUCUAACCAAUUUAGAAAUUAUGGCUUCCUUGAUAGCGGCUGUAACGCAUGACUUAGAUCAUCCAGGUGUCAAUCAGCCGUUUUUGGUUGCAACAAGUAACCAUUUAGCUGCGCUUUAUCAGAAUACUUCUGUUCUUGAAAAUCAUCACUGGAGAUCAGCUGUAGGAUGUCUUCUGGAAAGCGGUGUGUCGGCGCAGUUGCCGGCUGAAGUGAGACCAGAACUUCAACGUCAUAUCAGUUCAUUAAUCUUAGCAACAGAUAUUACAAGACAGCAAGAAUUUCUCACAUGUUUUAGGGAUUAUUUGAACAACAAUUCACUUGAGAUGAAACGGGCCGAAGAUCGCCAUUUUAUUUUGCAAAUUGCUCUAAAAUGUGCAGAUAUUUCCAAUCCAUGUAGACCGUGGGAUAUAUCUAGGAAAUGGUCUUACAAAGUUUGCGAAGAAUUUUUCAGGCAGGGCGAUUACGAGCGUCGUUUAAAUCUUCCAGUAACGCCAUUGUGUGAUCGGCAUACCACUAGUAUUCCAAAAAUCCAAGUUGGAUUUUUCAAACACGUCGUUACUCCUCUUUAUGUGGAAUGGCAUCGUUUUCUUGGUGACGGUCUAAGUGUGUCAUUAAUGCAAUAUUUAAAGAUGAAUCAAAAAAAAUGGGAAACAUUAAUCAACCAAGAGAUAACUGAAGAGAAAGAAACCGAAAUUUCUGAAAUGGAUGAACCUGAAGGAGCUAUUAGUUCGGGCGAAGAAACGGCCAUCGAUGAAGAUUCAGGCAGCAUUGAUCUGCUGAUACCGACAACUUGUGUGCAAACAGCGCGAAUGCCAACAUUACCAGGACGAGUUGGACUUGAUCGCGUUGGUAGACGUCAUUCCGUUCCUCUAAGUAUGUCAAAAUCAUUGCAAGUACCUUUAAACCAGUCCAAGAGAAGAGAAAGUUUACCGAGCGAACAAAUCAAAUCAAGAAGUCCACUUUGGAAGAUAGAAGAUCAAAGUUUAUUGGAGCUGAGCACGUUGUCUUUAUUGUCUUCCAAAAGUAAUAUGAUUGAUUCACCAAGUACCAUUGUCGAGAAGCCAAUUAGUGCAGAGAAUCUUUUACCAGAGCCAAGUAUAGCUAGUAUUACUAGCAGCGAAGAAGCAUCGAGAUUAAAUACAGUUCUGCAACCGGAUAAUCAACAUGGUGUUCAAACUAAAUUACUUACGCGGCAACAAACUUUUCCUCCGUUGCAACCUCCUUGUGCAAGAACGAGAUACAUGUCUGCGACCGUGGAAAUGUUGGAUACACAGUGUUACACUCAAAUUCUUAUGAAAGAUGACAAUUCUUUGAGAUCUUCGACAGAUAUGACGAAAAAAUCAUGUUCAAAUGGUCGAUGUUCAUACGAUUUUAAUUUACGUCAUCAAAAAGACUUUAAUAUGUUAAGUGCUUUUUCUAAGGAAUUAUUGAGAGUGGAUGCAUCUUUUAAAAAACAAGGCUCAAUUUUGUUGGAUACAAUAAAACAGAAACAUAAUGUUUCGGAACGCCGUCAUUCUAUACAGACUGUUCAUACUGAUGAUUCUUUUUCUAAACAUAGAUAUAAAAGACCUUCUUCCGCUCAAAAUCCAGAUUCCACGCAGGUAUUCUAUGCUAUGUUAACAGGUUCUUACAAUGAUAAAAAUAAACGUGUUCCCGACAUGUCUAUUACUGAAAGUAAGUCGAAUUUAGAUUGCAAUACGGAAUUCAAAUGUCAUGAUGCAAAAUUAACGGUUCAAAAACCGCAAACUACAUUGUUGUCCAAAAAAUUAGAUCAACAUAUUUCAUCACCUAAGAGCAUAUAUUCUACACAAGAGCCACGAAGAUAUUCAACUUCUGUCACAGAAUGUAAAACAAUAAUGAUCGAUCAUACAGGUAGACGAUAUACCACAAUACCCGUGUCUUCUGAGCUUAAUACUCACAAAGUGUUCUUUAUCGGUAGUCCCCCCGAUUCGCCCCCUAAUCGUAGUGUAUCUUCAUCAAGUGACAGUAGCAGUGAGCCAAAAAGAAGUACGGAUGAUUCAAAUAAAGAAGACAUUGUUGUCAUUGGCAACAAAAAGGAAUUAGAUUACAUGAAAGAUAAACAAUCGAAGUUCGCAAAGUUUAGUUCCAAUGCGAAAAUGAAGGAAAAUGUUGAUCCCCGUACAAACGACGACUUUGCCAAAGCAUUAUCUCGUAGAAGCAAUCAGGCAUGGGCAAAAAGACGCGGCUCAGCCCCAGUUGGUCUUCUAUCGAGAUUGGAUGAUUUUUCUUCAACGAACACAUCUGCUAGAGUUGAUCAUAGCUGUAGACGUGGAUCGGUACCAACUGACAUUACUAAACAUCAAGAUGGAAGUUGUAACCGAUUAACUCUAGGAUAUCGAGGAGAUAAUUUUUCAGAUCUACGAAAAGAUAGUCUUCCGCAAGAGACUACGUUGAGAAAUCCUUUGGAGGUUUAUACUUUAACUGGCGAGCAUGAAAGCAUUUUAAUAAACAACAAUAAUAACAAUAACGAUAACAGUAAUCGCAGUAACAAUAAUGGUAUUAGUAAAUUUGAUAGCACCAUGACCAGAAUGCUUUCUCCAAGACGAGGAUCAAUACCUGCAGACAUAUCUGAAUUAAGCCGCGAUUUAUUUGGUAGAAAUAAUGUAAACAAUAAAUCGCGAAAUCGUAAAAAGGUUUUAAGAAGACGAAGUAGUGGUGGCCCAGAAAUGUUUGCUGCUAGAUCUACGGACAGGAAUGACAAUGGUACGUGGCUCAAAUGGAAAAGAGAAAUAGGAAAGUGUGACCCAGUCCCUGAAGCAUUUGUCAAACGAAGAGGAUCUCUACCGAUAGAGAUGGUGACUGUUUCACAAACUGGAUCGACAUCAGCACCACAUAAAUCAAGCCUGUGGCGGUUUUAAUGUACUGUAGAAAAUUAAGAACCAUCCAGCGAUUAACGUCAAAUUAUGAUACAACAAUAUUUCCUUAUAUCAGCAGUAACAUCAGUGACGAUUGACUACUUCUUACAAUCUUAAAAAUUGUCAAUAUUAAAAAUGUUUUUGUCAAUUGUAAAUGUAAGCGAGUGGGAUGUAAUUAUAUUUUUUAUAGUUUUAAAUACUGUUAUAAAAACGAUAAAUCAAUUGUAUUUGAAUUGCACAAAUUUGGUUAAUAUUGAUAUGAUUGUGAUGCAUACGUUAUAUUAUAAUAUGUUCUUAGACAAAUCGAAAUUAAUUAAAAGAUUUUCUUAUCGAUAAUUUGCAUGUCUAUAUUAUGUGUAUAAAUAUAAUAUAUUAUGAAAUAUCGAGAUGUGUUAGUUAUCUAACAAAGAAAUGAGAAUUGAAGAACGAGAAAAAGAGAGACAAAGGAAAUAAAAGCACGAGAAAUAAAAAUAAUGAUAGAUAAAAUAUAAAAUUCUUAAUACACAGGACAUAUCUUAAGAAUAAAUUUUUUUACUUAAAAAAAUAAUUUUAAAAAUAUAAAUGAUCUAUUUUGACUCAUUUCUGAGACAUAAUUAUAUUUAAAUUUAUAUAUGUUUAUCUUUAGAGGCACUCAAAAUGAGCCGUCUAUGUAUUCAUACAGAAAGUCACAAAAUUUUAGAAAAUAACUUUCUCAAAGAACUUUUUAUGCUUUACAGUUUAUGUAAUAUUGAGGAAUUUAACAUUGCAAUCUACGCAAAUAAACCAUUUGUCACACUUCUACAGACACUCAAAGCUCAAAAUCUUAUGUACUUUAUUAUUUUUUACGUAAAUUAAAUAUUCUAGAAAUGUAAAAAUGAUAAGAAGUGAUAAGAAUAUCUUUUCAAUGAAAAUAGGUUUUAAUUCGAGUUUCAUUUUAUAAUUUUAUACUACUGUAAUAAAAUGCCAAAAAUGAAAAGAAGAAAUAUCACAUAACAUAAUACAUGGUGUAACAAGGACGGGAAGAUGUCUUCUUGACGUUUAUUUGCACGAGUGGGAAAAAACGAUCCGUCCGUGUUGCACACGGUAUUUUUUCUUACCUAUGCGUCGAAGCGUGGUCUUUGAAUACUCUUGAGUCCUUACAAAUGGCAAGUACCAAGAUUACGUUCAAGAAAGCGACGAAGUGUUAAUAAUUUUACGAAAGUUAGCAUGCAUGUUGCGAAAUGGCAAGCGCGUGCGAGUAAAUAAAGUUAGAUGUAGGUGAAGUAAACUGGUCAUGGGUUAAAUUAGGCGAUAGUGAUAUAACAAGAAAUAUUGUGUGUAACAUGUGUGGAUCGGCUAUUCCCUAAGAGUGCGGAAAUGGACGUAUGACCCGAACGCGACCCGAGCGUCUACUCCUUUACUCGCAGGAAUAGUCAACCUACUGCGGUUGUAACACAAUAUACUAUUAUCUUUUGUAUUAAAAACUUUUUAUAAAAUAUAUUUUUUUAAUGUAUUCUGAGAUUCCAAUUUUUGUGGAAUACAUGGUAUAUUGCAAAUUGCAUCUUCUUAUUGAUUUUAUUGAGUAUUAGGAUACCCAAAAUUAUUAAGAACAUUAUUUUUUUAGUUUUUUUAAAUAACAGUGAAAAUAUGUCCACAUAGAAAUUGGCAUCCAGUGGUUGUCCAUUAAACCUCCAUAGUUCCAUAGGACAUCUAUCUUCAUGAUGGAAGUCAGAUAAACGUCCAUUAGGAGUUCAUUAAACUUCCGUGACUUCAUUGGAUGUUUACUUCCACGAAGUUAGAGAGACGUCCAUUAGGAAUCAAUUACACUUCCACAGGUCCAGGAGAUGUUUAUUUUCAUGGUGACAGUCAGAUAGAUUCCACAGGUCCAUCUUACCUCCAUAAUAAAGCUCUGUUAAACAUCUUGAAAGAUGUCCAUUAGAAGUUAGUUAAUCGAUAAAAAGAUCGAUAAAAAUGAUAACCAGUCAAGUAAUAACUCCGUAAAGACAAUAAAAUCGCUUAUUUUGAGUGUACCGCGUAAGAUAUUCGAAAAUUUACAUCGUAACAUUGUACUUCAUUUUUUAAUCUCACCAAAUUUCCAUCGAUUUCUAGACUUUAAAGAAAUAUUUUUGCAUUCUGCAGGGCACUGGCAACGAUAGUCUAUAAUUAUAUAUAUUUUAGGUGCUGGUUUAUAGGCUAAAAUCGCUACCUUUUAUCGGCCUCCUUUUAAUUUGUUAUGGGUUUAGUUGAUAAAGACUCAUUGAAAAAAUUACAGUUAAUACGAGCACAUUUAGUGUUAAACGAUUGAUAUAAGCUUAUUCUUUUAUUAAAGCAAAUUUUGUUUUUAAUUUUAAAAAAUAUAUAAUUUUAUCUUAAAAGUAAUUUAUUCUUAAUUAAGAAAUAUUUAUAUUUGACGCUAUUUUAAGUAUAAAAUAUUCUUGAAUUAAGGCACUGUUGCAUUUCUUAAAGAAUACAUUUUUUGUGUGUAAUGAUCUACGAAACGUCCGUUAGUCGUCCAGCAAGGCUCUAGUGAAGCCUCUACUAAUGAUCCACAUAACGUCUAAUAGACCUUUGACGACGUCUAAUGGAUGUAUAUAAUGCAAAACUAUGAAUUUCUAAUGACCUUGCAUUAAAUGUUUAAUGGACGUCUACUGGAAGUUCCAAAUUUCCAUGACAGAUAACCAAUGGAAGUGUAUUGGAAGUUUUGUUUUUAUGUAGAUGUAAAGCUUUAA